GCAAGGAUCAAGGCUCACUCACAGAUCCCCCUCCACAUACACCUGGCCACUGAACGCUAUCAGUCGGACAGUAGUGACGGCACAUCAUGCUAAGAGGCACAGGUCUGUGGCUGCUCUCGGCAGUGAUCUGCCUGAAUGUCCUGCAUGGGAAAGCUUACACGAGAUUUGAUGACAGCAAUUCAUCCGUUACACUUCCAAAUUGGAGGACAGGUGCAGAAUAUAUAACACAAUGUGAUUUCAAUGAGAACCUCACUCCACUUUGUGGUUGGAGUGCAGCAGGGCUGUUACGGACGCUGAGUGGAGAAGGGGAGUUCCACCUUGUGAUGGAUGACUCUGUAAUGAGCCCCUCUGGCCGACUGGAGAGUGACGUCUUUAACGCGUCCGAGGAGUCGUGCCUGGAGUUCUGGUACCACGUGCCAGCUGGCCACAACAGCACAGAGCUGAGGGUCCUCCUGAGGCGUGCAGACACAGACACAGGGGAGACACAGCUGUGGAGCUCGUCCACCGCGGAGGACACCGAUGCCUGGAGGCAAGAGUUCCUUCCCCUGGGGCAGUCAGAGGAGAUGGGCAUGCAGGUGGUAUUUGAGAUGGCCCAAGAUCUUCCCGAGGAUGGGAAGGUUGCCAUUGAUAAAGUUGGAAUCAGGAAAGGACAGUGUGGGGUGCAGUGUCAGGAUGGGAGUGAGUUCUGGACAGAUGAGGCCACCCGUUGUGUGUGCAGCGGGGGCCGACUCUCGUGUUCCCCGGCCACCUGCCCAGAGGGACACACCUGUGUCCAGUCGGCCCCAACCGGCAGCUCGGAACCCUCCGGCACCUGUGUUGCCCACAGCAAGCCUCGCUACACCACUUUUGACGGGGUCAACUUCGGCUUCGUGGGGCCCUGCACCUACAUCCUGGCCAAGACGUGCACUGAGGGAGCGACAGAGCAGCCUCUACCCUUCAUCGUGGAGGCGGAGAACGAGCAGCAGGGGAACUCGUCUGUCUCAUCUGUCCAGCAGGUGAACGUGGACCUAAAGGGUGUCCACCUGUCCAUGCUGAGGAAGGAGUUUAAAAGAGUUAUGGUGAAUGGCAUGUGGAGAAGUCUUCCCUUGAGCCUGAGUGGAGGGACUAUCACAAUCAAAAAAAAAGGAGCCAAAGUGAUUCUGAUGACAGACUUCCUCCUGACCGUGUCCUACCACGCCUCUGGGGAGGUGCGGGUGACGGUUCCCGGCCAGUACUUGGGCAAGCUCUGCGGCAUGUGCGGCAACUUCAACCACAUCAAAGAGGAUGACUUCAUUCGGCCAGACGGCUUGCUGGCGGCCGACGCAGACACCCUGGGCCAGAGUUGGCAGAGCAGCAGUACUCGGUGCGACGCGCCCAUCCUGCCCAGCGUGUGCCGGGGCCAGGAGAUGCUGGAGUACGCAUCGGAGCCCUACUGUGGCGCCGUCCUGGCCGCCGACGGGCCGUUCGCCGCCUGCUCGGAAGCCCUGAGUGCCGAGAGCUUCAUUGCCAGCUGUGUGUUGGACAUGUGCACCACCCACGGGGACCCGGAGACCCUGUGCGACCUGCUCAACACCUACGCCAUCACCUGUCGCCAGGCCGGCAUCACCGUGCCCCAGUGGAGAAACAGCACGUUCUGCCCUCUGGUGUGUGCUGAGAACAGCCACUAUAACGCCUGUGCUAGUGGCUGCCCCGAGGUCUGCUCCAGCAUGGACGUGGCAGAGUCCUGCGGAGGGCAGUGUGAGGAGAGGUGCGAGUGUGACCCUGGCUUCAUGCUGAGCGCAGGGAGCUGUGUGCCCGCCCAGGACUGUGGCUGCUGGGUGGACGGGGAACACUACGAGAAAGGCAUGACGUUCAUGGCAGGGCAGUGUGACAGGCUUUGCCAGUGCAUGGGCCAGGACAAUGUCCUGUGCUCUGCCUCAUCCUGCUCCGCCGACCAAGUCUGCAAGGUCAGGUACGGGGUCAUGGGCUGCGAGCCAUCUGAGCUGGUCACCUGUUACGUCUACGGUGACCCCCAUUACAUCACCUUCGACGGCAAGGCCUACAACUUCCAGGGCGGCUGCAACUACACGCUGGCAAAGACGUGCGGCCCCACGCCUGUUCAAUUUACUGUGACGACCCGCAACCAGAACUCUGUGCGUUCCACCUGGUCAGCACUGGAGUCUGUGGCCCUCGAGUUGGACGGCCUCCACAUCGCCAUGAGGAUGGGCAAAAGAGUUUAUGUAAACGGAGCUGAGGUUUUCCCACCUAUGGCACCUAGCGCUGCCAUCGACAUAUCCUUUAAUGGAACCUAUGUUCACCUGCACACUGACUUUGGACUGUCCCUCCUCUUUGACGGCGAGAACCGUCUCUUCCUCCAAGUGGAUGAACGCUACAAGGGGCAGAUAUGUGGCCUAUGUGGCACGUACUCUGGCAGCCAGUUUGAUGAUUUUGUGACCCCCGACGGAGAGCUCCUCGGCAGGCCAGGCCCGUUUGGGAACAGCUGGAAGGUGGCAGACACCGACUGGACUUGCACAGACGAAUCCGCCGUGCAGCCAACCUGCCCCCCCGAGCUGCAGCAGCAGGGUUUCCAGGAGUGUCGUAAGAUGUUCGGGGACACUUUCAUGGCCUGCCACAUGUUCGUGCCCCCACAGAUUUAUGUGGACAGCUGUGUGUACGACCACUGUGCCACCAUCGGGGACCUGGACAAGCUCUGUGCCUCGCUGGAGUCCUAUGUGAGAGCCUGCGAGAUAAACGGGGUGGCGCUGGGGGACUGGAGUAAAGACACCAUCUGUGCCACAGCCACAACCAUACCAAUUACAACAACUCCAACCACCCCAUCUCCAGCUCAUUGCCCAUUAAACUGCAAUUUUGACAUUGAUGAAUGUGGAUGGCAUCAGCUUGUGCAGGACAGUUUUGAUUGGACCAGACACUCAGGCUCCACCCAUUCGGACCUCACCGGACCAUCCAGUGAUCACACAACAGGAAGUGGCUACUACAUGCACCUGGAAGGUGACGACGGGGUCCAUGGCGACUCGGCCCGUAUGAUGAGCCCGGCGUGCACCGUGCCAGGCGACCACUGCCUGCGCUUCUGGUACCACAUGUACGGCACGUCCUUCCUUAUGGCGCUCAACGUCUACCAGCUGGUUGACAACAAGGCCACAAAGGUCUGGUCCAAACUCAACAACCAGGGCAACUACUGGCAAGAGGCGAAGGUGAACAUUAAGGUGUCCGGGCCGUUUCAGAUCAUUGUGGAAGCAAUCAGAGGUUCCACUGAGUUGUCUGACGUGGCACUGGAUGAUGUCUCGAUAACAUAUGGAGGAUGUGGAGAUUCAUCGAGCACAGACAUAAACCCUACCACACUGCCCCCUGUGACAAAUGGAAACUCAGGAAAUCCCCACCCAGUCUGUGACAUCGCCUGUAAUUUCGACAAUAGCCUCUGUUCAUGGCACCAGCUGCCCACUGACAGUUUUGAUUGGACAUGGCAGAGUGGCUCCACCCCUACUCUGAUGACAGGUCCCUCCUCAGAUCACACCAGUGGAGGUGGCCAUUACCUAUAUGUUGAAGGAGACGGAGUGCAUAACGGUGACACAGCUCGCAUCCUGAGUGGAGAAUGUUCUGAUCCGGGUCCCCAGUGUCUUCAGUUCUGGUACCACAUGUAUGGCACAGCAGACACCAUGGGCCUAAGCGUGCAUCUUUUGGAGGACCGACUGACACAAGGAGUUUGGACCAAGAGGAACAACCAAGGAGAUAAAUGGCAUAAAGCAGAGAUUGACCUGAUGACUACGGGCCCAUUUCAGAUAAUUUUAGAGGGACGCAGAGGAACAACCGAACUCUCUGAUGUGGCCGUGGACGAUAUCUCACUUUAUCGUGGUUCCUGCGCAGACUUAGUGAAACCAGUUUCCCCUUCUCCCACUUCAAGUGUAAAUAUCUCAGCAACUACAGUCAUGCUAGAGACAACAGCACCUCCAGUUAAUCCAGAAACACCAGCACCACCAGUUAAUCCAGAAACGCCAGCACCUCCAGUAAACCCAGAGACACCAGCACCUCCAGUAAAUCCAGAAACGGCAGCACCUCCAGUUAACCCAGAAACACCAGCACCUUCAGUUAAUCCAGAAACACCAGCACCUCCAGUUAAUCCAGAAACACCAGCACCUCCAGUAAAUCCAGAAACACCAGCACCUCCAGUUAACCCAGAAACACCAGCACCUCCAGUUAAUCCAGAAACACCAGCACCACCAGUUAAUCCUGAAACACCAGCACCUCCAGUUAACCCGGAAACACCAGCACCUCCAGUAAAUCCAGAAACACCAGCACCUCCAGUUAACCCAGAGACACCAGCACCUCCAGUUAACCCAGAGACACCAGCACCUCCAGUAAAUCCAGAGACACCAGCACCUCCAGUUAAUCCAGAGACACCAGCACCUCCUACAAGUAAUCCAGAAACGCCAGCACCACCAGUUAAUCCAGAGACACCAGCACCUCCAGUAAAUCCAGAGACACCAGCACCACCAGUUAAUCCAGAGACACCAGCACCUCCAAUUAACCCAGAGACACCAGCACCUCCAGUAAAUCCAGAGACACCAGCACCACCAGUUAAUCCAGAGACACCAGCACCUCCAGUAAAUCCAGAGACACCAGCACCACCAGUUAAUCCAGAGACACCAGCACCACCAGUUAAUCCAGAGACACCAGCACCUCCAAUUAACCCAGAGACACCAGCACCUCCAGUAAAUCCAGAGACACCAGCACCACCAGUUAAUCCAGAGACACCAGCACCUCCAGUAAAUCCAGAGACACCAGCACCACCAGUUAAUCCAGAGACACCAGCACCUCCUCCAGUAAACCCAGAAACCCCAGCUCCCCCAACAGUCAAACCCACCACAUCUGCACCAACCACUCCAGAGCCAACCCCAUCGUGUCCAAAGAAUAGCCACUUCACUGACUGCAUGCCUGCCUGCCAGCCCACCUGUAAGCACCUGCACGGCUCUCCCCACUGCGACACAAAUGAACCAUGUGUGGGGGGCUGUGUGUGCAAUGACGGCUUUGUGCUCAAGGACAGAGUGUGUGUGCCCAUCCGAAAGUGUGGCUGCCAGGACAACAAAGGACAGAACCAUUAUUUUGAUGAGGUCUGGUACACAGAUCACUGUGAGAAGAGGUGUGAGUGUGAGGAGGAUGAUGGUGAAGGACACAUUGAGUGUGACGAUGAUGAGUGUGACGGAGAUGACAUCUGCUAUAUGGAUGGAGAGGGAGAAUACACGUGCAAGUCCACAGACUUCAGUGAGUGCACUAUUGAGGAAGACCCCGAGUACAGAACGUUCGACGACAUGAAGCAUGACUUUGAGGGGACCCACUCUUAUGUCCUGGUCCAAUCAAUUGGUCUGCCAAAGAACCUCCCCGACGUCUAUGUUGAGGGCAUCAACCGAAUAAAGAAUGAUCAGCAUGGGGACAGCAGCGAGGAAGACCAUGAUGAUGACCAUGACAGCAGAGGAAGAGACGACAGCAGUGAGGAGGAUGGCAGCAAUGAACAUGGAGACAGUGGCUUCCCAAGGGAGCUAAAGAUCAGAGUCUACAACCACACUGUGGAGUUUAAGAAGAACAGGAAACUUUAUGUGGAUGGUAUGAGGUCUCAACCACCAGUAUCACCAACCACAGGUCUCAAGGUCCUUCAGCGAUCCUCUCGCAUCUACCUUAAAACAGACUUUGGAUUCUCUGUAGAGUUUAAUGGAAUUGGCAAAACUGAGAUCAUCCUGCCACACACAUACAAGAGGAGAGUGGGAGGACUGUGUGGGAACUUUGACGGCAAGAAGAAGAACGACAUGAUGAAGCCAGAUGGCAGCCAGGCCAAACGUGUUAAGGAAUUUGGAGAGAGUUGGAGAGUGACAGAGGAGAGGCUGAAUAUAAGAUGGAGGCGAUCAGCAAGGCGUGGUUUGUCUCGACCCUGAGAGAACAUCUACAGGCCAAUGGCAUGGAUUUCAUACUUCUUUUUCCUUUAACAUAAAUAUAACUUAAGUGUGUCACAUAUACACUAGUGCUUUCAGUUAAAAAUCCAGUUUAUUUUUGUUUGUAAUAUUUCCUUUUAAGAUUUCCUUAUGUUCCAUAGUCUAUUGUACAUUAGAGUCAUUAUAUACCUUACAUUAUAGUAGAUGUGAGAUGCUUUGUAUACAUUAUAAGUAUUUUCAUCAAAUAAAGUGAUAAUGUCACAUGUCUUUACAUUUAGUUUCUUAAAUGGUGUCUGUAUGACUGUUAUGUGAACUAUUUAACAUCAUGAAUACCAGUGUUUCCCAUA